AUGGUUUUUAAAAACGUGGUAAAGGUUGGCAAUACGUUAUGGAACCACAAGAAAAAAAGCGCGGCUGGCGCUGUUGCUCUACAGGGUGACGUGAGGGCCUUUUAUGCGCGACAGGCAGUAAAAUAUGGACGAGAAUCAUUGUCGUCAGAAGAGAGGCCUCGGCGUGUUACUGUACUGGCCAAUAUAUAUGCAAAUAAUGGCCGAGUGUUUGAAAAAUUUGCAACCAAUGCUUUACCACUGUUGCAUCUUGGGGGCCUUGAAGUGACUGUAAUUGAGGUACAGUUGGAAAACCUUGCUGCAGAAAUUGACAAGACUGAGGCAGAUGCCCUCUAUAUUGUUGGUGGAGACGGGACGCUAUCUUGUGCUUUAUCUGGCAUUUUUAAAAAAUAUGAUAUUGCACCGUUGCCUAUUGGUGUAUUUCCUGGUGGUGAUAACAACAGAUCUCUUUUGUCCUUGGUCCCAGAAGUUUUUUCGUUGGGUGAGAAGGAUGUUCGAAAGUUUUGUGAAAGCGCUAUGGCAUUAAUAGAGGAAAAGAAGCGUACAGUUUCUGAAGGUUCUAAUGAGGGCCAGCAAUUUUCAAGACCGAUAUAUGGGUUAUCAGACUUUCAUACUGGUUGGUUUUUAUACAUAGAACUUAGAAAGAAGAAGAUGUGGUACUGGGGAAGAAUAAAAAGACGUUUCGCUUAUUUUUGGGAGAUGUUGAAGCAUUCUCCUGUACCAAUCCACAUUUCUGCUUCUUAUGAAGAAUUUUGUCCUGGUUGUAACUCAUGUAGACCUCCCGUAGUAUCUUCAGAAAAACCUCAGUGGAAAUGGUGGUACUUUAUCUUUGGGUCCCCUGUUCAUAAGACACCACCACAGGAUUUUUCUGAGAUUUCAAAUGAGAAUUGUCAUAAAUUGCACACGGUGGACCUAGUUGGUACAGAUACGAUUGCAGAAACAGAUACGAGUAAAAUAGUAGUUAGGACCGGAGGUUCUAAAAUGAAUCGUUUUGAUGUUAUGCGAGAAGGUUGGAAGCGUUGUAAGAUGGGAAAAGCUGUGACUUCAGCAGAUCCAAUGAAAUUUUAUGAGCACGUUUUGGAAGCGAAUGCCGUUACUUUUGCAUUAGAUAAACUGCCCGAACUGGUUCGGAAAUUUUCCGUAUUUGGUGAAGUAUACGAGGUAACCGAUGAUUUACUGAAUAAACGAGUACGAUUUGAGGUUACAAAUAAAAAGCUAGACAUUUAUUUGCCGACCUGUGUCCGUGUUGAAAUUAGUGAGGUAUAG